AUGAAUAAGAGAAUAGUGUAUUAAGGUGAAAAAGCCACUGUGAAAUACGAAGGUCCCUUGGUGCAUGAGAAUAAAGGAGAUGAAAUUUGGUUGGGAGUAGAAUGGGAUUAGGCCGAUAGAGGAAGACAUAAUGGCACUGUUUAAGGGUACACAUAUUUCAAAACAACUGAUGGGGCUAAUUCAGGUAGUUUGUUAAAGAAAGAGAAGGUGAGUUUUGGUAAUAAAUUGUGGGAAGCAUUAUUUUUGAAAUAUUUCAAAGAAAUCCCUCCAUAAUUAUUACAAGAAAUGGAGGUGUAGGAACAAGUAAAAGAUGAAUUCCUUCAAGAACAUUCAGAUUUGGCUAACCAUUAAGACGAGAAGAGCAAAGUUAUUACACUUAUAAAUUAAAAAUAAGUGAAAAUUGAAUUUGAUGACACAGCAUUUUUUGAAACAAUGAAAAAAAGAAAGAAGAUGGUUGAGUUUUAUGGAUUUGAUGAAAUUUAUAAAAAGCUGAAUAAUUUAGAGACUUUGUAGGAACUAUCUUUAGAGUCCUAAAAUGUUUCAACUAUGGGACCAUUUGGUUUUGUUGGAAGUAUAUUUAAAAAUAUCAAAAUUUUGGGAUUGGAGAAUAAUCUGUUCCAUUCUUGGCAUCAAAUCUUUGUUUUAGUAUCAUAGUUACCAACUUUAAAAGAAUUGUCAAUUUCAAGUAAUAAAUUAUCAAAACUUGAAACUUUUGGAUAACAAUAGUUUCAAAAUCAAAUAUUCACAUAAACACAAGAUUACAUGAUUUAUGAUUACGAGUAAGGAAAACACUUAGAAAUUCCUGUAGAUGGUUGUGGUAAACAUGUAGAAAUUCUGGUUUUAAUUGGAAUGUAAUUGACUUGGUAGGAUAUUUCCUUGAUAAUCCCUGCAUUUCCAAUGGUUUAAUAGUUAUUAUUGUGUAGAAAUAUUUUAGUUGAUUAUGAGAAUUUGUAAUAUAGAAAUACAGAUUUACAAGCCUUGAAAGUAUUAAACUUAGAAUAAACUGAUUUAUCAUAAUUUGAAUGCAUUUAAAAAUCUUUUGGACAUUUACCAAAUUUAGAUAGACUCAUACUAAAUAAGAAUAAUCUGAAGGAUUUGCCCUUGGUUACUGAUUUUAAGGCUCUUAAACAUUUGGCUUUAGAUCACAAUCAUUUUGCAUAAGCAUAGUUCUUGAAUAAAAUAGGAAACUUAUAAUUGAAUUCUCUAUCAAUUAAACAUAAUCCAUUAGUUGAUAAAUUCGGAAAGCUAUAUGUUAGAUAAAGAGCUAUUGCAGAGGUUUCUAGUGUUUAAAUCAUUAAUGGCAGUGAAAUUACAAAAUUUGAAAGAAAGGAUUCAGAGAUAUUUUACUUGAAAUCUUCAUUUGAAGAAUAUUUCUUGUUGAAGAAUGUCAAACAUUACUAUUAUGAUUAUGAUGAUUUUAUCAAUUACGCUAAAUAGAAUCAUCCUAAAGUAAUUGAACUAAUUAAAAAAUAUGGAAAUCCUUAUGAAAUUGAUCCAACUGUUAAGGGAGUAUACACACAAGCAAAGUAACAAGUGCAAUAACCUUAAUAUUGUACAAUAAAGAUCAUAGAUCAUGUUGGAAAACUAAAGGAUAAGCCUACACCAAAGAAAUUAAUGGGAAAUACUGGUUUACAACCUGUGAAAAUGAUGAUUUCAAAACUGGUAAACAUCCCGAUCAAAUAGAUAGCUUUAUCAAUAUAAGUAACUGAGGAAGCUGAAGUUGUUUAAAUGGAAGGAAAAGACAUGACUUUGAAUGAUUUUGGUGUUUAGGAUAAUAGUCUCAUCCAUGUAAAUGUCAUUCCAGAAUGA